GCCACUAAUCAACUCCAUAAAACCAAGCAUAUCUUACACACAUAGAAAGAAAAGAAUUCUCUAUUUUAACCAAAAUUAUGGCUUCCAAAGUUUAUAACAUUUGCUUUGUGUCCAUACUUGUUUACUUGCUAGCUAUAAAUAAUAAUUCAUUUCUUCCUCAAGCAAAUGCAGCAGGAAAAGGAGGAGGGUGUGGGAAUGCACCAGCUGCUAGUAGCCUAAUUCCAUGUCUUGGAGCAGCUAAAAAUGGAAGGACAAAAGUCCCUCCAGCUUGCUGUGGUAAAAUUGAGGCUUUGCUAAAGACUUCUCCAAAAUGCCUAUGCGCGGCAUUACUGUCACCCGCAGCUAAAAAUGCAGGAGUUAAUCCUGUUAUUGCUGUCACUAUUCCCAAGAGAUGCAACAUCAAGAAUAGACCUGUUGGGAAGAGAUGUGGACGAUAUGUUGUUCCAUGAGUUCAGGACUCUCAGCUUGGAUGGAGGAAUAAAGAUGAAUUUCCAGCUACUUGACUAUUAUGUUUCACCAAUAUAAGUAUUUCUAGUUUGCUAUUUAAUAAAAGUGUUGCUAGUUUGGCGUUCCUUAAUGUAUCAUCUAUAUUUUCAUAGUUCCAUUCAUCAUAUUUGGAUGAUUGGCAAGAAAAUCAGGGCAAAUCCUAAUAUUUGAACGUAAAAAAAUAGUGUCAUUUGCACUUUAAUUUGUACCUUA